GAGCGAAGUGCGAGUGUUGUGCAGAAAGUGUAAAAAAUACCAAAAUCAAUGGUAUCCGACAAUGGCUGAAGAGUUAUUAGUAGUGCUAAACCGGAGUGAUAAUUCGAGUUUGGGGUUUUCCUUAUUACAAAAACCAGGACUGCCUCCGAUAAUUUACAAUAUUCUGGACAAUUCCCCGGCAGCUGAGAGUGGAGAGGUUGAAGUCGGAGAUGUGAUAUUAAAAGUAAACGAAACAGAUGUAAUUAAGUACAGCACCAGAGAGGUUCUAAAGUGCCUGCGAUUAUCUUCAGACCCGGUUACACUAAAAAUUAAACGCGAUCCGAAGAUUAAAUCAACAGUCCGUAAGCACCUUCUCCAAUCGUCGACUACUGGCGGCGACCAUAUCUCUCAAGAGCGUUCCCUCGUCGGAAGCGGUAAGGCUAGGCCCGAGCCGGCAGUGCACCGGCCACAUCACCAUGGGCGGCACUUGGCCGCCACCAACGGUCGUUUGCCGCCAGCGGAACACGAGCCGUUGCUCUUGGAACACGAACGUCUCCAGGGCGAGCCGGCGCCGCUCAAAAUGGGCGCUCCCAAAUUUGAGGCCUACAUGAUGACCGGAGAACAUAUACUCAAUAUUUCUAGGAUGCCACAGACGACCACUAUAGUUCCGAAACAACAAAAAAAGGCGGACCAUUCGAGAUACCACAACAGUCACGCGCAUCAUUUGAGGCAUCAGCCAAAGGAACACAACUCAGUGCCAAAUAGUCCUAACGAGACAGACUUGAGCCGAGGGGGUCGAUCUUCUGGACCCAACUCGGCGCAUACUUCACCUGUAGGAGGCACUCGCAAGGAUCAUCCUCUGAUACAACACUCUCCCCAAGAUCCAUAUGCAGCCAACAAUUUUGUUAGAACAAGUAGGAGCGAAGAUCAACUUCAAAUGCAAAACAAUUUAGGUGGAGCUGUGAGCACAGCUAACUCAGAAGCUGACGAAGAUGUCGCUAGCUCCUUGAAUACCUUAUUGGACACGCGGCCCGAUUCAGCUAAUAGUGAUAGUGACAGAAUUGUGUGGACGUACAACGCUCCGAUUUCUGAGCUCCACAAGCUGGGCCAUGCAAUGUCCAACGGCAGCAGUUCAUCGCAUAGCAACACGUCAGCUUCAAGUAGUCCUUUGCAUACAGGUUCUCCAAACUCUCCCACAUCGGUGUCUUCCUCUGUAAUGUCGAGCCAUUCAGGCUCACGUCGUGUACCAUACUCGCUGACCAAUGGACCCCCACAACAACAACACUUCGAUUACAGCGUUUCAGAAGCUGUCUCCAAUAUCUCCAGUCCCGAUUACCAUGACGAUGACAGUGUCGGGAUCCGCGACUGCGUUAUGGAGAUUAGCGACCACAGUGAUAGCGACAGUACGUUGCUAGGACCGGAACCAGGACGACGGCGAGCCAAUCAGAGGGCUUUGGCUAACGCUGACACGUCUGCUGCGCAAGGCGAUCACAAGAUCGUCAUUCAGGUGCGCGGACCUCAAAGGGCGCAACAUGGCAAUGAGGAUGUGUUGUUAAGUCAUGCUGGGGAUCAGGAAACAAACCGCGAGGAUAACAAAGAAGAAGAGAAUAAGUCAUCGCCUUUGUCAUCAGAGGACGAGAGCGACGUGGAAAGUCUUCACAGUUUUCAUUAUUCCCCGAAGGCAGUCGAUAUGCCUUCAGCGAUUAGGUUAGCUAAGAGAUUGUACGGUUUAGAUGGUUUCAAAAAAUCCGACGUUUCGAGGCAUCUUAGUAAAAAUAAUGACUUUAGUAGGGCUGUGGCAGAAGAAUACUUGAAGUAUUUUAUCUUUGAAAAAGAUAGAUUAGAUAUAGCUUUAAGAAAGUUCCUCAAACAAUUUUCUUUGACUGGUGAGACACAGGAGCGAGAGAGAGUUUUAGUACAUUUUUCGAAAAGAUAUUUGGACUGUAAUCCUGGGGCUUUCAAUUCCCAAGAUGCUGUGCACACACUAACAUGUGCCAUAAUGCUACUGAAUACUGAUUUACACACGCAAAACGUCGGCCGAAAAAUGACUUGUAACGAGUUUAUCGAAAACCUGACUGAUCUGAACGAGGGUGAGAACUUUCCUAGGGAGAUAUUGAAACAUCUCUAUCACGCUAUUAAAAAUCAUCCUUUAGAAUGGGCACUAGACAACGAUCAAGACGAAAAUGGCCAAAUCAAUCUCAGAAAUAAUGAUGUCAAUUUAACAGGAAAUCCAUUCUUGGACAUUCCCAAUUCCUCGAAUGCCGUAGAAUACAAAAAAGGUUACGUUAUGCGCAAGUGUUGUUAUGAGACCAACGCCAAAAGAACGCCAUUUCACAAGCGUAGCUGGAAGAUGUUCUACUGCACCCUCAGGGACCUGGUGCUCUAUCUGCACAAGGACGAGAACGGAUUUCGGAAGAACCAAAUGGGCGGUGACAAUCUGCAUAAUGCUAUUCGGAUACACCAUGCACUGGCAACUAUGGCACAGGAUUACACCAAGAAACAGUAUGUGUUCCGAUUGCAGACGGCGGAUCAGGCGGAGUAUCUCUUUCAAACAAGUGAUUCAAAGGAGCUACAAUCUUGGAUAGACACAAUCAAUUUUGUUGCCGCAAGCUUCUCAGCACCGCCCCUGGAGGCAGCAGUAGGAUCUCAAAAGAAAUUCCAAAGGCCACUUUUGCCGUGUAGUCAUACAAAAUUGCAUUUGCGUGAACAACUAGAAGACCAUGAGGAGAGAGUAGUCAGACUGGAAGCCAUGUUGGAUGAGCAUAGGAAAUAUCCACCAGAUAAGGGUGCAAAAUCACUAGUUAUACAGAAUUAUAGAGAGAAAGAAGCAUACUUAACGUUUGAGGCCAAAAGAUAUAGAACAUACGCUUACAUGCUGCGCUCACGAGCACCUGCGCCUCUCACUCCGCCAAUUAUCGAAACAGCACCAGCAGUACGACUGGCACAAAAUAGUAUUGGAGAGGUGGAUGAAACUGUAACGUCGCCCCAACAGAGCCAUGUAACGGUUGUCGAAGGUAACGGAGGGGGCGGUCUAGUGCCGCCCCCAAUUCCUGAGAGAAAAUCGUCGCCCUUAACGAACAGGAAAUCUACUGAAUAAUUAUGCACCGACUAGGAUAGAAGCUUAGAUAUGUCCGGCUACUGGACACUAUUGCGUUGCGCUAGAUGUUUUACUUCACUUGCGCAAUUUGGAGACAUUAUACACAAGAAUCUUACUAGAUUUCAUUAUCCAUUUUUAAUUUUCAUUUAAUAUUAAGGCAAGAUAUUUUUAAAAAUGAUAUGAAAAUCUUUGCAUAGUUAUUGUGACUAAAAUAAUUUAGGGAAUCCUUUAGUGAGCUGGUUAUUGUUAAAAGAUAUGCAUAUCUACUAAGAGCAAAAAAUAUAAUGUUAUAGAAUGUCUCUUUGCCAAAGAUCAUUAUUGUAUUAUAAUGACAGCUUGUAAAAAACGGUAUUAUUACUUUUUUUGCGUUGUCAACUAAUUUUUGCUUACUACUUUUUUAUGUUGAGUUAUCCAGCUUUUUUGCCUAAUUUUAUAUGUUUUUACUUAUGUAUAUGAACAUAGCGCAUUUGUACAUUUUUAUUUUGAUAAAAUAAACGAUUUUAUUUAUAAACUUAUUGUUUUGCUCUUUUAUGGAUUUUAUAUAAUGAUAAUAAUUAUCAUAUUCAGUUAUCUCCUCAAAGCUAUAUGGAAUGCACAUUACUCCAGUGACUCUGGAUCCCAAUCAAACUUUUGACGUUUUUUCAAGUUGCUCAAUGAAGACAUAGCAUCAUCAGGUAGGGUAAAAUCGAGUUUGAAAUUUUCUUCCAUGUGUGAUUGACUGGCUGCUUUUGGAAUAACACCAACUCCUUGUUGAAGUGACCAUUUCAGUAUGAC